CAGAUAUGCCUUAAACAAGGAAAAUGUUUCACAUUCCUUAUUUGAAGAGAGAGGCAGAGAAAUGGACGAGGCUCAGAAAUCUACUUCUCCGUCGACUACAACAACCGAACAUUUUUUUAACGACGAUCUAGUUAAAGAUUUGUUCAAAGAGGUUGAACAUUCACAGCUCGAAGAAAGAGGGUGGCGAAAUUUAAGAUGCGCUAGUUUUCAUCCUAGCGAUCCCGUUUUGGCCUGUGGGCUGAUGGAUGGUGACGACGGACGAGUGGUGCUGCUGAAGGGGCUCAAUCAUUCUGUUCCAUUUUCAAAUUGGGAAAUCGAACGGCAACUUGAAUGUGAGAAAGAAUCAAUGUAUUCUCUCGGGUGGAACUUAGACGGAACCCAAUUAGCCGCUAGCUGCUGGUUAGGCAAAAUCUUUGUUUGGCGCUAUCCCAGUGGUGAACUUUUGUUUGAGAAGAAACAUCCGUCGACUCACCCGAAACUGUAUUGGAAUCGAUUCAAUCGGGACAUAUUGGCUACUUUGUACGACAACGGAACGAAGGUUGUUGGUAACGGCAAAGAAUUGCUGAUUUGGAAUACUGCACUAAAAAAUCCCAAUACCCACAAUAUAGCAUCAGAAUUUGAUUUCUGUUGUAUUGAUUGGAUGUCGUAUAAUCGAUUCGCUUGUGGCUAUGAUAAUGGGACGAUUGAAAUGCGUCACAUAAACGAGGAAUCGAUGAAGAACAAUCAACAAGGAAUAACGUCAAUAAUUUUUGGGAAGAAGCAAUCGAUAGUAAGAUCAACUAAAGUUCUCAAAACCUUCAUUCACAAUUUUAUCGGCGAAGUACGGUGCGUGGCUUGGAAUGAGAUAUUGAAAAUUUUAGCUUCGUGUUCAUGGGACGGAUGGAUCCAGAUUUGGUCGAAAGAAAGUGACAGCCCUAUUUAUAGUUUGGAGGUGAAAUGUGAUGCUUUCAGUUUGGUUUGGAGUCCUAGAGGAAUCAGAAUGGACGAUAGAAUAGAAGCUCCAGAAAUACCUUUUAUCGCAUGCGGAUUAAGAAACGGAUCGAUCGUUCUCUGGUCUCCGUUGGAAAGUGAAAUGGAACCCAGGUAUCUCGAAAAGCAUACUAGUCAAGUCCAGCAAGUUUUGUUUUCACCGGACGGAAUGUUCCUCGCAUCUGACGCCUAUUUGGAGAAAGCGAUUGUCUGGUCCACAAAGAAUUGGGAGAACCUGACUGGCAGUACCUUCUCCAAUCCAGCAGGGGAUUUUCCAUAUCAACUGUCGUGGGAUGCAAGCAGUCGUAAGUUGGCGAGUCAAGAUCUUCCAGAUGUGGGCGAUGAUUUAUUCCGACAUUCUAGGGUAACAACGAAAUUAUUUACUAAUCAUUUUAAGAAACGAAUGACAGGCGUAAUUAAUCCAUCCACUGUUCCACUCCAGUUACGGCUGAUUUCCUACGUUACCGAAAAAGGAACCUAACAUGUGUUUCGAAUAUGUACCUGUACCAUCAAUAACUCCAAAUGCAAUCGUGAGUAUUGCGCAAGUAGUUACAAGGCAUCUAUGGCUUAACAUGGUUAAUUUGUGCCUGUAAUACAUUUUAGAAGGAAGCUAAACACUACAGAAAUGAUUUAUUAUUUAAAAACUGCAACAUGAUUAAGUUUACC